AGCCGUCGCCGCAAAGUUUCCCGAGGAGACCCGCCUCCCUGGCCGUUGAGCAGGUGAGGAGGCAGGGAGUGGGUGAGAAGGACUCCUUUUUGGACAGACGAGACCAGGGCUGAAGCAGGAAUAACCCGUGCCUCCACCUCCCCAGCAAGAAAGCCUUCCUACAAACAGGAGCAGCCAAGCAAGACUGAGUGCCCCCCCCCCCGCCCCGCCCAAACAUCUUCCCAAAGAGGGGCAUGUGGGGCCUGACAGCUCGGCAGCGCAUGUCAGCAGCUCCAGCCCCGCGGUGAACAUCUGAACUCCUCAGCGGGGUAAUGGACCCCCUCCUUCCCCCGGAGACACAGCCUGAGUGGCAGGAAUACCGAUUCUUUGGAGAGUGACUCCAUCUCAGCUCUGUCACGCAAGAACGCUCUCUGCACCAGAGCCCAUUCCGCCAAGUGACUUAAAGGGAUUAAAAACAAAACAAAACAAAACUUGGUAAAGAAAAAGGGGUAAAAGCCACGCAGAAGCCUUUCAGAAGAGGUGGCGGCCAACAGACAAAAGGGCGGAAGUUGAAAGAGGGUGGGGAGGCCACCCUCCCCAAGGAUGGGCGCCCGGCCCUAGGGCAUGCCUGGAGAGCAGGGGCCCAGAACACCCUCAGGUCGCGCACGGGAGCCCCGGGGCUUCGGGGGGCACCCCUGCAGGCCCCUCACGCAAACCCCUCAUUCCAGGAGGAGAAGCCAGCAGUGCCGGCAGCCUAGGGCGCGGGAGGUGCUGCUCCGGACCCGCAGCCACGUCUGAACACGAGGAGCCCAGCAGAGCGAAGCACAGGGUCUCCUCCCUGAGCCCCGGGCACCCCCAGCACCACCCAACACCCCAGGUCUGUGGUCUGCACCCUGAGUGCCAAGGCUGGUGGGCUGGAAUGUAAGCACGGCCCAGGCCCACCUCGACGGAAGCGCAGCCUCCAGAGCUGCGGGCUGCCAGGCUGCAGCGAAGGAGGUGUAGAGGCUGCAAGUCAAGUGGGGCCCGGCUCCCCCAGCCGUCCACCAUGGUGGUGGCACACCCCACAGCCACCGCCACCACCACGCCCACCGCCACCGUCACGGCCACCGUCGUGAUGACCACAGCCACCAUGGACCUGCGGGACUGGCUUUUCCUCUGCUAUGGGCUCAUCGCCUUCCUGACGGAGGUCAUCGACAGCACCACGUGCCCCUCCGUGUGCCGCUGCGACAACGGCUUCAUCUACUGCAACGACCGGGGGCUCACCUCCAUCCCCGCCGACAUCCCCGACGACGCCACCACCCUCUACCUGCAGAACAACCAGAUCAACAAUGCCGGCAUCCCCCAGGACCUCAAGACCAAGGUCAACGUGCAGGUCAUCUACCUAUACGAGAACGACCUGGACGAGUUCCCUGUCAACCUGCCCCGCUCCCUGCGGGAGCUGCACCUGCAGGACAACAACGUGCGCACCAUCGCCCGGGACUCGCUGGCCCGCAUCCCGCUGCUGGAGAAGCUGCACCUGGAUGACAACUCCGUGUCCACCGUCAGCAUAGAGGAGGACGCCUUCGCCGACAGCAAGCAGCUCAAGCUGCUCUUCCUGAGCAGGAACCACCUGAGCAGCAUCCCCUCGGGGCUGCCCCGCACGCUGGAGGAGCUGCGGCUGGAUGACAACCGUAUCUCCACCAUCCCACUGCACGCCUUCAAGGGCCUCAGCAGCCUGCGGCGCCUGGUGCUAGACGGCAACCUGCUGGCCAACCAGCGCAUCGCCGACGACACCUUCAGCCGCCUGCAGAACCUGACCGAGCUCUCGCUGGUGCGCAACUCGCUGGCCGCCCCGCCCCUCCACCUGCCCAGCGCCCGCCUGCAGAAGCUCUACCUGCAGGACAACGCCAUCAGCCACGUGCCCUACAACACGCUGGCCGAGAUGCGUGAGCUGCAGCGCCUGGACCUGUCCAACAACAACCUGACCACGCUGCCCCGCGGCCUGUUCGAUGACCUGCAGAACCUGGCCCAGCUGCUGCUCCGGAACAACCCCUGGUUCUGCGGCUGUAACCUCCUGUGGCUGCGGGACUGGGUGAAGGCACGGGCGGCCGUGGUCAACGUGCGAGGCCUCAUGUGCCAGGGCCCCGAGAAGGUCCGGGGCAUGGCCAUCAAGGACAUCACCAGCGAGAUGGACGAAUGUUUCGAGGCGGGGGUGCAGGGCGGAGCGGCCAACGCCGCCGCCAAGACCACGGCCAGUGACCGCGCCUCCGCCACCACGCCCCAGGGCUCGCUCUUCACCCUCAAGGCUAAGAGGCCGGGGCUGCGCCUCCCUGACUCCAGCCUCGACUACCCCAUGGCCACGGGCGACAGUGCCAAGACCCUGGUCAUCCACGUGAAGCCCCUGACGGCGGACUCCAUCCGCAUCACGUGGAAGGCCACGCUCCCCGCCUCCUCCUUCCGGCUCAGCUGGCUGCGCCUGGGCCACAGCCCAGCCGUGGGCUCCAUCACGGAGACUCUGGUGCAGGGGGACAAGACAGAGUACCUGCUGACGGCCCUGGAGCCCAAGUCCACCUAUAUCAUCUGCAUGGUCACCAUGGAGACCGGCAACACCUAUGUGGCCGACGAGACGCCCGUGUGCGCCAAGGCGGAGACGGCCGACAGCUACGGCCCCACCACCACACUCAACCAGGAGCAGAACGCCGACCCCAUGGCGGGCCUGCCCCUGGCGGGCAUCAUCGGUGGCGCCGUGGCCCUCGUCUUCCUCUUCCUGGUCCUGGGGGCCAUCUGCUGGUACGUGCACCGGGCCAGCGAGCUGCUGACCCGGGAGCGGGCCUACAACCGGGGCAACCGGAAAAAGGACGACUAUAUGGAGUCGGGGACCAAGAAGGAUAACUCCAUCCUGGAAAUCCGCGGCCCCGGGCUGCAGAUGCUGCCCAUCAACCCUUACCACAGCAAAGAGGAAUACGUGGUCCACACCAUCUUCCCCUCCAACGGCAGCAGCCUCUGCAAGGGCACGCACACCAUCGGCUACGGCACCACGCGGGGCUACCGGGACGGUGGCAUCCCCGACAUAGACUACUCCUACACAUGAUGCCAGCACCCGGCUCCUGCCUCCUCCUGGUGUGGCGACUGUGUGGCUUUGACCAGCCUGCUGCCAUCUGACAGAACAAGGAAAAGAAAUUCCACGAUGACUUUCCCAUCAGAAAGCAGAGUUUGGGGAGGGCUGACAAUUUUGUAGAACACAACAGUGAAAAAAAUAAUUUUUUUUAAGGAAUAGAAGGCAGGAGGGGGAUUUGACAUUGAUGAAGACAUAAUUUAUACCAAAUUAUGCCAGGUGGGGAGGAAAAGACUAAAAAUAAUAUCGCAGGAAGGGUUGGGUCGGGGCUUUUAUUUUUCCUGAACUGGAAAGAUGCUACCUGUGCACCGUCUGUGUGUGCCUCAUGCUCUGUGCAGGGCCGUCACAAAGGAGCCAUUAGAGAAGCAGCCAACACGCGCAGCCCCCGUGCAGCUCUCACUGCCGGCUGCUCACUGGAGACGACAUGAUGGAAGGUUUUCAGGCUCCUCACAAAGGAGAGGGGAAGAAAAGAUGUUUUGCUGUGGAGAUAUUGUCCUGAAAUCUCUUCCCUGGUUCUUUCCAUGCCAUUUCCCUUACAGAUUUGCAGAAAUAGCGCGUCUUUCACUGCAUUCUUUGAACAACGAUGUAGUUGAUUAAAAAACAAACUUUCUUUUUCCUAUACUGAAGCCCUCCUCAAUUCCAUGCACCAUAGUCCAUGGAAGCACCAUGGAAGCUGUGGCUUUUCCAGGGCUUGGAGGUGCAUCUAUCUACCUGUUUAUCUUUAUGUCGUGUCUCUAUCUAUAGAUGGGUAGAUAGAGCCACAUAUACAGCCCUUACCGUACUUCUUGGGUCAGUUCGUACAAUUUCUUGAGACAAUAGAGUCACGAAAAUGUUGCUUUCUCCUAGA